CGAUAAUUGAACAGCGUCGCGGCGCAUAACUACACUAUAACCUACAACACAAUCGCACCCACUAAGUAUCAGACAUGUUCUCUGCACGUGCAACCCGAGCAGCCGCGCAGCGUGUCGCUCGCCCUCAAUCCAUCCGAACUCCAUUCCAACGACGCUUCGCCAGCAGCGAGAGCACCUUCGCUGGCGCCGAGGAUAACGCUUUCAACCGGGAGCGUCAGGCCGUUAAGGAUCAUGCUGCUGCUACUAGUGGUCAGUAGACGGGUCUUCUUGGAGUUAUGAAGGAGGCAUGAAAUGCUAACAAAAGCUGCAGAUCUCUGGAGAAAAUUGUCAAUCUAGUAAGCUAUACAUCACAUGGACAAGUGGGGGUGGGGGGAAGAGGGUGCCUAUGGAAGACUGGUUGGGCGAUGAUAUGGCGGGAAGAAACGUAAGGCUGAUUUUUGGGACAGUGCUACGAUUCCUUGCUUGAUCAUCGCAAGUGUCAAUGCUAAGAUCUUGUGGGAUGAGCAUUGGGCUCAUUGGGAACAUAUGGGUCCUUUGGAGGAUAGACCGGAAUACCCAUAUCAAAACAUGAGAACUAAGAACUUCUUCUGGGGUGAUGGAGAUAAGGCAAGUUCACUCACCCCUAUUUGUGUUGCUGCGAGAUUUCGUUACUGACCUUUUUCCUAGACCCUCUUGUAAGUUUCUCUGGAACCACUAUGAGAAAAGAGAGCUCGACCUCGAAUUGGCUAAUUAAGUACAUGGGAUUACUGCUGACAAUGUGUAAUAGCUGGAAUGAAAAAGUCAACUACCACAAGAAGGACUAAAUACACUGACCAGUAUGGAGAUGGUGCUUGCAAUGCUACUUUAUUGAACGAUGGAGGGAAUGUUGGGGAGGAACUGAGGCUGCACAUAGAAUCGCAUUCAUUAGAUGUAGUCUAGUUUUUUUUUUAC